AUGGACGAGAUUGACGGUGUCCGGAUCGCCGUCGAGGGUUGUGGACAUGGCACCCUCGACGCCAUCUACUCCUCCACCCGCAUCGCCUGCGAGAAGCGGGGCUGGCCCAACGUUGAUCUUCUGAUCAUCGCGGGCGAUUUCCAGGCUGCCCGCAAUGCGGGAGAUCUCCUGGCCAUGUCUGUACCGUCCAAGUACCGCCGGCUGGGUGACUUCCAGGCGUACUACCGCGGCGAUAAGACAGCCCCAUAUCUAACAAUCUUCAUUGGCGGGAACCAUGAGGCGAGCUCCCACUUGUUGGAGCUCUUCUAUGGCGGCUGGGUUGCCCCUAACAUGUAUUACCUAGGCGCCGCCAACAUCUUGCGCUUUGGGCCCCUCCGCAUUGCCGGCCUAAGUGGUACCUAUAACGAACCCGACUAUAACCUGACCCAUCACGAGCGCCUGCCGUUUCUUGGCAGAGAUGUCAAGAGCGUCUACCAUGUCCGUGAGAUAGACGUGCGCAAGCUGCUGCUAGUGAGGGAGCAGAUCGACAUCGGUCUAAGCCAUGACUGGCCACAAGGCAUAGAGUAUCUUGGUGACACCGAGUGGUUGUGGCAGGUAAAGCCUCAUCUUAAGAAGGAGAGUGAAAGAGGAGAGCUAGGAAACCCAGCUGCCACGAAUAUUAUGGAUCGAUUGAGACCUGCCUAUUGGUUCUCGGGACACAUGCACUGCAAAUUCUCCGCCAUCAAAUCGUACCCUUCAGCUUGGAGCGGCAACCCCAAGUCCGCCACGGCUAAAGCAGAACAGCAGACAGGGGUUUCCGCCGCGGCAGCAGCGACAACGGAGGCCUCGUCUGGGGUUGGUGCGAACCCCGACGAGAUUGAUCUGGAUAUGGGCGACGACGAAGGAAUUAACGAUGAGGCGCCGCCAGCUGAAGCAACUGGCGACGCGAGCUCGGGACCAUCGACAAGCGCUGCCGUCGCCGAUGGGGUGGUCCCCGAUGAACUCCGUGCACAGCUCCCUGCCUCGUUCGCGCCUUCGGCACCAGCAAAGCCUGCGCUGAAGCCAGGCCAGCCUGUCCCUCCCAGUAUAACUAAUAAGAAAACCCGCUUCCUCGCACUAAACAAGUGUCUCCCGGGGAGGGAAUUCCUCCAGCUGGUCGACGCGGUGCCAGUUAAGCGUAAUCAUUUGCGUACUUAUCCGCCGCUAAAGCCGCAACCAGGGGUGAAAGGCAAAGCUCAGCAGCGCUACCGCCUCGAGUACGACCCGGAGUGGCUCGCCAUCACGCGCGUCUUCGCCCCGCUGGUUAGCAUCGGGAUUCGCGAUGCCGUCCCGCCCGAAGACCUAGGCGAAGCCGCAUACCGGCCGAUGAUCGACCGCGAGCGCGACUGGGUCGAGGAGCAUAUCGUGCGCGCGGGCAAACUACACAUCCCCAACAACUUCGCCCGGACAGCGCCGCCGCAGAAGAAGGGGGACAAACAGUCCUCGACUCAGAAUAAGCUUAGAGAAUUUAGGAACCCACAGACGACGUUGUUCUGCAAGCGGCUCGGUAUACCGGACUUGUGGGAUACUCCAGAAUCAGAGGGAGCCGAACCUCAGAACACCCCGGCAGAAGAUCUCCCAGCACCAAAUUCGCCUGAGACAUGA